GUUUAGGAUUGCUGUAUAUCCAAACUGAAAUAUGGCAAUGUUCAAAAAAACUGUUCUCGUUACUGGGGGUGCUGGAUUCAUUGGUUCUCACCUUGUUAUCGGACUUGUCAAUCAGUUUCCUGAUUACAGAAUCAUUAAUUUGGACAAGCUGGAUUACGUUUCAAACUCAAAAAAUCUUGAGGCAAUUGAAAAUGCACCAAACUAUUUGUUUAUUCUUGGUGAUAUCACAGAGCCAAUAAGCAUGAAGAACUUGUUUCUGUCGGAGAAAAUAGACAUUGUUAUACACUGUGCUGCAAAAUCUCACGUGGAAAACUCCUUCUUCAAUUCUUUGGAAUUCACUCGAGACAACGUUUUGGGCACACAUGUACUUCUCAAUGCAGCAUAUAUGUUCAGUACUGUCGAACGUUUCAUUCAUGUCAGUACGGAUGAAGUGUAUGGGGGAAAGACAGACGACGCGACGAUAAACUACGAGACCUCGAUUCGUCAACCAACCAACCCUUAUGCGGCCACAAAAGCCGCGGCAGAGUGUAUAGUCCAAUCGUACUUCGAAUCUUUCAAGUUUCCUGUCAUAGUUGCCAGAAUGAAUAACAUAUACGGACCUCAUCAAUACCCGGAAAAGGUCAUUCCCAAAUUCAUUGAAUUGCUGAAAAGGAAGCGAAAAUGCUAUUUACAUGGAAAUGGUUUGCAAUUGCGUAACUUUUUGUAUGCGACUGAUGCCACAGACGCACUGACGCUUCUAAUGUGCAGAGGAAAGCCAGGAGAGGUAUACAAUAUCGGCUCAGAAUUCGAAAUUACGAUGAAGGAUCUGGCUGUAUUUUUAGUAGAAAAGAUUCUUCACUUGGAUACAGAGAAAGCCGAAGAAUAUUUGGAGUACGUCAAUGACAGGCCUUUCAAUGACCGACGCUACACAAUGAACAGUAACAAGAUGAAAUUGCUAGGAUGGGAACAGAAAGUCACGUGGGAAGAAGGAAUUGAGGAAACAAUUCGUUGGCACGAAGAACAUCCCGACAGAUGGCCUUGCAUGGAGGACAUACUGAAACCAUUCUCAAUAGCUCCAGGAUAUGUCGACAGACACCCAAAAUUUCAUGACAGAGGACAGUACCGCGAUAUUAACUAAAAUUACAAUUAAUCGAUUAGUUUUUGUUGCUAUUAUAAUUUUGUAAACCAAUAACAGGAUUGGUCAACAAUUAUGCAGAGUUUUGCUUAUUUAUUACAAAAAUAAGGGCAGUAGAGUACCACAGUAAUAAAUCAUUGCCUGUUACAAUUUGUGCAGCGUGUUUCAGCAUCUAAAAACAUUCAAAGAUUAUAACGACUCAUUUCUUUCCAGUUGUUUAGGUUGAAGAUAAUGUAUUUGCAAUAUAUAAAUAUAUAUAUAUGUAAAUACAUGCAAGUAUUUUUGAUUUUAAAAUGUAUAUUUAAAUAUUGUUCUGUAGCCAGAUCUUUUUCUUAUGUUCACAAUUCAGCGUUAUAUUCGUUAUGCAUUCAGCCUUGAUUAAAAGAAGCCUUUUUUUUAUAAAGGAAAAUAAAAUAUUACGUGGUCCA